UUGACUGUUCAACAACUAAAAGAGAAGCUUGUUACGCACAUCUCUAUACCUGCAGAUAAUAUGCGUCUUGUUUACUCCGGAAGGGUGUUGAAGGAUGAGGAUAUGGUAGACCUAUACGGUGUAAAAGAAGGUCAUACAAUACAUGUUGUUCGGGGAGCAGCUAACCGUGCAGCUGAGCAAGCAGCAAAUGUGACACCGACUACAACACCAACCCAAAGAAACGUUAAUGGAACGGCGACAAAUUCUUUCGGAAUUAACCAUUUUGGAACCAGUUUCGAACAAGAUAUGAGAAAUAUGAUGAAUUCGCCCGUAAUUAGGGCACUUGAAGAAAUGGGAUUCGUUGAUCAAGCCGCAAAUAUCCGUGCUUUACUCGCUACUGGGGGCGAUGUCAAUUCUGCCAUUGAAUUUCUGUUGGCUCAUCGAA